UAAUAAGUAAAGGCAUUUAUUUUUUUAAACUGUCGAGCCCAAACACAAUAGCGAAACCAGGAAAUGCAACCUUGGGUGAUAUUCCCACAUUGUUGUUCGCUUUUAUAGAGGUGUCACUAUUUCGGUUUGAGAGUUUCCGUCUGGAACUGAUAGAGGAACCGAUGGGAAUUAUUUGCAAUGAAGUGGUGUCAUGAGUAGAAACCAAUGGGUUUCGACUUGUGCAUGUCAGUGGGAACUUCGGCAGACAGAGCACUGACACGAAUGAAUGUCCACGGAAGUUGCAAUGUAUUCUGAUGAGGAUAACCAGAAUUAUGAGGACUGGAUGUCAAGUUUGCCCGAGGAGCUGUGGGAUGUGCCUCUUUCAAGUCUCGCCAUACCAGGAAGUCAUGAUGCUAUGAGCUACUCCCUGGACAUCAACUCUCCUCUGAUCCGCUCUGAGUCUGACACCUUUAGACUCCUGGAUGGUCUCUUCUACUGCCUCACCAGACCUGCUAUCUACAGGUGGUCUACCACGCAGGAAAAAGGUAUUGUGGAGCAGCUAUCAGAGGGGAUUCGAUACUUCGACCUCCGAAUCGCCCACAAACCGUACGACCCGUCCAACGAACUGUAUUUUACACAUGUAAUAUACACUCAUCUGACAGUGGUGGAAACUCUGAGGGCCGUAGCCUCGUGGUUGGAGUCUCACUCCAGGGAGGUUGUUAUCCUAGCAUGCAGUCACUUUGAAGGACUCAACGACAAACUACAUGAACAUUUAAUUUUCUCACUGAAGAAAAUCUUUGGGUCUAAACUCUGUCCUCGCAAGGAGACAGUGGUGACCCUGCGUGGUCUGUGGGCAUUGGGUUACCAGGUACUGCUGUCGUAUGAUGACCAGUCAGCAGCACGACACCAGGCUCUGUGGCCAGGUAUACCGUACUGGUGGGCCAACCAAUACACGGCCAGCGGGGUGGUCAGCUAUCUGGACUGGCAGAAAGAUAUGGGACGCCCAGAUGGUUUCUUUGUGUCUGGUCUGAACCUGACGGCUGACCGCUCCUACAUCGCGCUGCACCCCCGUCAGUCCCUGCAGACCCUAACUCUGGCUAACUGGAAGGAGCUGAGGCCGUGGCUGGAGGAACAGGUCCCUGGACCACACUCUAACAACCUCAACAUCAUAGCAGGAGACUUUAUAGGACCUGUCCCCUUCUGUCCUCUGGUCAUCAACCUCAAUAGAAAACUGUUGAAGAGGAUGGAUGAGAGGAGUCUCAGAGGAGAGGAUGGAUGAGAGGAGGCUUAGAGGAGAGGAUGGAUGAGAGGAGUCUUAAAGGAGAGGAGGACUGACCGACCUACAGAUGAGAGAUAAAAUACCUGGUUUAGGGAGUAAUUCCAUCAAAAAUAAGUAAUUCAAAGAGAACAGAAAACUGCUACAUCAGCAAAGUUACGACCGAGGACAACCAGUCAUUAUUUAGUUUCACUGGGAAUCAUACAGACCAUAGAAAGUCAUUCCAUUCACACCCCUUGACUUUUUACACAUUUUGUUACAGCCUGAAUUUAAAAUGGAUUAAAUUGAGAUUUUGUGUCACUGGCCUACACUUAAUUCCACUUUGACAUAAUGUGGUAUUAUGUUUUUAGAAAUUAAUUAAAAAUGAAAAGCUGAAAUGUCUUAAGUCUAUAGGUAUUCACCCCUUUUGUUAUGUCAGAGGAGUAAAAUGUGCUUAACAAGUCACAUAAUUAGUGUCAUGGACUCACUCUGUGUGCAAUAAUAGUUUAACAUGAUUUCUGAAUGACUACCUCAUCUCUGUACCCCACAGAUACAAUUAUCUGUAAGGUCCCUCAGUCGAGCAGUGAAUUUCACACAGAUUCAACCACAAAGAUCAGGGCGGUUUUACAAUGCCUUGCAAAGAAAAGCACCUAUUGGUAGAUGGUUAAAAAAAAAGCAGACAUUGAAUAUCAUUUUGAUCAGGUUGAAGUUAUUUGUUACACUUUGGAUGGUGUAUCAAUACACCCAGUCACUACAAAGAUACAGGCAUCCUUCCUAACUCAGUUGCUGUUGAAGAAGGAAACCGUUCAGGGUCUUUAAAACAGUCAAUGGUGACUUUAAAACAGUUACAGAGUUUAGUGGCUGUGAUAGAACACUGAGGAUGGAUCAACAACAUUGUAGUUACUCCACAAUACUAACCUAAAUGACAGAGUGAACAGAAAGAAACCUUUUGUUAAAGGAAUUAAAUUGCUCUAUGUUUUAAUACCCAAUUAAAAUGAAACACUCUGUCAAUUCAUAA